GCCGGCGCUGGAGAGUGCGUUGCGCCGCCGGCCGCUGAGGGACCGCAGGGCCCGCCGCUGCUGGCCUCUUCCAGCCUUCGCCGAGAGGUGUGGAAAUUAAAACAACAUAAAUAUUUUGACUGAGGGCUUUGAUCAAACAAAUGCUAAAAAGACACAUAAAGAAGACCCCUAUCAAUCAUUUCUCAACAAUUAUAUAGUCAACUAAUGUAACAAUGGUACUAAUAUUGGGACGCAGACUAAACAGAGAGGAUCUUGGGGUGCGUGAUUCCCCAGCAACUAAGCGUAAAGUUUUUGAAAUGGACCCUAAAUCUCUGACAGGUCAUGAGUUUUUUGACUUCUCUUCAGGAUCAUCCCAUGCUGAAAACAUACUCCAGAUAUUUAAUGAGUUCCGAGACAGCCGCUUAUUCACAGAUGUUAUCAUCUGUGUGGAAGGAAAGGAGUUUCCUUGCCAUAGAGCUGUUCUUUCAGCCUGUAGCAGCUACUUCAGAGCUAUGUUUUGUAAUGACCACAGGGAAAGCCGAGAAAUGUUGGUUGAGAUCAAUGGUAUUUUAGCUGAAGCCAUGGAAUGUUUUUUGCAGUAUGUUUAUACUGGAAAGGUGAAGAUCACUACAGAGAACGUUCAAUAUCUCUUUGAAACCUCAAGCCUCUUUCAGAUUAGUGUUCUCCGUGAUGCAUGUGCCAAGUUCUUGGAGGAGCAACUGGAUCCUUGUAAUUGCUUAGGAAUUCAGCGCUUUGCUGACACCCAUUCACUCAAAACACUCUUCACAAAAUGUAAAACCUUUGCAUUACAGACUUUUGAGGAUGUGUCCCAGCAUGAAGAAUUUCUUGAGCUUGACAAAGAUGAACUUAUUGAUUAUAUUUGUAGUGAUGAACUUGUUAUUGGUAAAGAGGAGAUGGUUUUUGAAGCCGUCAUGCGUUGGGUCUAUCGUGCUGUUGAUCUGAGAAGACCAUUGUUACACGAGCUCCUGACACAUGUGAGACUCCCUCUUUUGCAUCCCAACUACUUUGUUCAAACAGUCGAGGUGGACCAAUUGAUCCAGAAUUCUCCUGAGUGUUACCAGUUGUUGCAUGAAGCAAGACGGUACCACAUACUUGGGAAUGAAAUGAUGUCCCCAAGGACUAGGCCACGCAGGUCCACUGGCUAUUCAGAGGUGAUAGUUGUUGUUGGAGGCUGUGAACGAGUUGGAGGAUUUAACCUUCCAUAUACUGAGUGUUAUGAUCCUGUAACAGGAGAAUGGAAGUCUUUGGCUAAGCUUCCAGAAUUUACCAAAUCAGAGUAUGCAGUCUGCGCUCUAAGGAAUGACAUUCUUGUUUCAGGUGGAAGAAUCAAUAGUCGUGAUGUCUGGAUUUAUAACUCACAGUUAAAUAUUUGGAUCAGAGUUGCCUCUCUAAAUAAAGGCAGAUGGCGUCACAAAAUGGCUGUCCUCCUUGGUAAAGUAUACGUCGUAGGAGGCUAUGAUGGACAAAACAGACUUAGCAGCGUAGAGUGUUAUGAUUCCUUUUCAAAUCGAUGGACUGAAGUAGCUCCCCUUAAGGAAGCAGUGAGUUCUCCUGCAGUGACUAGCUGUGUAGGCAAAUUGUUCGUGAUUGGUGGAGGACCUGAUGAUAAUACUUGUUCUGAUAAGGUUCAAUCUUAUGAUCCAGAAACCAACUCUUGGCUACUUCGUGCAGCUAUCCCAAUUGCCAAGAGGUGUAUAACAGCUGUCUCCUUAAACAACCUGAUCUAUGUUGCUGGUGGACUGACCAAGACAAUAUACUGUUAUGAUCCAGUUGAAGACUACUGGAUGCAUGUACAGAAUACAUUCAGCCGACAGUAUAUAGUCUAUUCCUGAAUGAUUUCAUCUGCUACCCAGUACUGAAGACUUCAAGUCUUGAUCUGCACCAAAGCCUCUCUCCUGCGCUCCAGACUCCAAUUUCCAGCUGUCUAUUUUCCAUGGGUGCCCAAGACUUCAGACUUAGUUAAAAUGUACCUUCUUUGCCAAGCUUACUUUUUUUGUGUCUCCAAACAACUUAGAAAUGUAAUUUAUUAGAUAUUCUUCACUUUCUAUUAAAUUGAACCAAUCUAUUAAAUUGAACCAUUUUGCCACCAGAUCUUUUCUUUACACAUGUAAAUUCAUCUCUCCCUUGACUGGAAACCUACUUGUUUUAUCACUUCAUUCUAGACCUUCUCUUAAGAAUCUUUUCUUUGCCUUUUCAGCCUCACUUUCUAUAACUGUAUCACAAUUACAUUCCCAAUCCCGAUUUUCUUUUUUUUUUCCUUCUUUCUUGCCUUCCCUCUUUCUUCUCUUCCUCCCUCCCUUCCUUCCUUCUUCCUUUUUAAAUUUUGAGACAGGGUCUCACUAAGUUGCCAAGGCCAGCCUCAAACCUCAUGGUCCCCCUACUUCAACUGCCCAAGUCUCUGGGAUUAUGGGCGUGCACCACUGUACCUUGCUCAUUACUUGUGUUCUCUAAACAGGUCAUAUAUAUUCUUGUCUUGGUUCUCGCUGUCUCCUCCUUAGCUUCUAAUGAACCUUUUUUUUUWAAAAAAAACCUUCUCUAUUUGUAAUUAUUCAUUUCAGAAACAAACUUCAUAGUUACAACAAACUGAUUUUACUUUGGCCAGAACUGAUUGUGUUUUCCUUCUGAUGUUACAACUUCCAACACUUAUAUGACACUAACAUAUUCCCUAAUGGGUAUAAAUUGAGUAUUUUCCAUGCUGGUCUUCAGCCUUCUUGAGAAUACUAUUCUAACUCAUCUCUUAAUGUAUUUUGGAUUUAUUCAUGUUCAGUAAAUAUUGAGUAAGUAAGCAAAUGAGAAAGUAAAGUAAAUGAAGAACCUAAUUUUAAGAUAAUCUUACAUUCAAGAUACACAAGAGAUAUAACAUAGAACUAUAAGGAUAAUUAAGAGGAUUUGAGUAUAACACAAUCUUUUUAAAGUUGUUGAUAUUGAGUUAUGGUCUCCACUUAAUAAUGUAUUCAGACUAACAUUAUCCCAACUGAUAAAAGAGACAUAAUAUGAUCUUCAGCUUCAGAAUAUGGAGUGAAUAUAAUCUUUUAUCCUUCUCAUAUUACAUUUAAGAGGAAAUGAAGUUUUAAUCUAAAAUGUCUUUUAUUGGCUUGUUUUAUGAAUAUUUUAAAGAGUAAUUCAUUUUUACUAAAGAUCACUGUUCUUUAGAAACUUGAUUAUACUGUACAAAAUGAUUAAGAGAGCUUAGUUAGGAAGCUAAUUACCACAUAAACAUAAUGCAGAGCAUACAAUGAAUAUAUUUUUAAUUGGAUGGUUGACAUAACCAAAAAAUAUCAACAACAGGACAUCAUGGCACAUUUUCUCUAAACAGUGAAUAACAUAGAUUUCAGAAAUUUCAAGGGAAAGGAACAUUUGGAUCAGAAGUAUAUUAUAUUUUACAAAGAMUAUUGAAGUUCAAAUGUAGUGCCAGGAUUUGGGGGAUCAUUUUCUCUCCCCUCAUUCCUUCUCACUACCAGUAUUACUAAGUGUAUGUAUGUAUUAAUUGCCUGCCCUUUUAAUG